GGCCAGACCGACGAUGCGGCCCCGCGGUAGAGGAGACGACGUCGACGAGGAGGAGGAGGAGGAGGUGGAGUACUCGACCUACCGGAGCGCGCCGGAGCCCGACUCGGAGCACGACGCGGAGCCCGCGCAGCCGCCUCCCCCCGCUCGCGCCCCUCUCAGCAGCCUCGUCGUCAAGCCAUCGCCGCGUCAGGGGAACGGCGCCUCCUCCUCCUCCUCCCCGGAUGCCGCGGCGCGCUCGUCCCCGCCCCACGCAGGCGGUGCCUCGUUCCCCCGCCGACGGCGCGGCCUCACGCCGCCGGAUUCCCGGGGGAGGGAGAGGCGCCGGUCGCCGCCGCCGUUGCUGGCUAGGAGGCGUCCCGGGAGCCCGCCGCCCCAGCGUCGCCGCUUGAGCCCGCCACCGCCGCGCCGGCGCUUGACUCCGCCACCCCAGCGCGGUGGACGUUUGACGCCGCCUGGUUUCCAGCCGCGGCACCCGCGCCUCUACGACGAGCCUCAAGGAUAUGGCAUGCAUGCAGGCCUUUCACCUCCACGCCAACGCAGACCAGAAAACAGAAGUGUCGAUGGUGCUUUUGGUCCACGCUAUGCCCACGGAUAUCAAGGUGGUGGUAGAGGAGUUACAAGGUUCCGAGAUGGUUCUCCACCAUAUGGAAGAGGGGACAGAUCAUAUGGGAGGGGCUCUAGUGCUCCUGGAAAGGAUUUCAUUAAUAUUGAUGGAGAAUAUGUUCACAGGAAUGAUCCAAAUCUGUCACCAAGAGAAGGUGAUUGGAUAUGCCAGAAUCCAAGCUGUGGAAAUCUUAAUUUUGCUCGGCGAACUCACUGCAACAAUUGCAACAAGUAUCGCUAUUCACGAGAAGUACGGCCUAGCCACAGUCCUCACAGGGAUUACUCCAAUCCUCCACGUGGGCCUCCAAGGAAUCUUGGUCCAAGUGAUCGUGCCCCACCAAGAGAGGUGGCCAGGUACAGGUCACCGCCCCGUGGUUGGGGUGUGAGUGACCCUAAGGGUUAUGCAGCUCGAUCACCUCCAGAUCAUGCAGGAAGGUAUGCAGAUCCAUUGCAGAGGGAAAGAACGUGUUUCCGAAGUGACCGUCAGUUGAGGGACCAUGGAAAUUGGUCUUCAGCUGAGGACUACAACCCAAGGGAGCAUCCACAUGAUGAUAUGUAUCUUGAGAGGAGUCGGCGGCGAUCAGUGUCUCCUCGGGAUAAUUGGGAGCACAAUAUGCGGGACAGAAGCCGAUCUCCCGCUGGAAGCAGGCUGUUCAAGGGUUCUUUUACUGGCAGAGGUCGACCAGACUUGGAGUAUGCUGAUCGCUAUGUAGGGAGGGGGCGGCCUAACAAUUUAGAUGUUGGCCAUGGUCGUGGCCGUGGCCGUGGCCGUGGCCGUGGAUACAUACCUGGAGGUGGUACAUACCUUGGAGAGGGUCGAGGUGACAGGCGUGCUGCUCCCAAUGGUAGGAAUGAUGGAAGCUAUUAGAUCAUCAUAAUCUGAUCGAGUGACCAUAAUAUAAACUAGUUAAGGUGCCGCUUGAAGCGAGAUGCAGCUUGUAAUGCUAACCUUUUCCAUACUGUCUUAACUGUGAUACACUUUCUUGCUUCUCUGGACAUAUGGUGAAGGUAUGGCCACUUAGUCAACAUUUUGCUGUUCGAUGUAGAUGUCAAUGCGUUUGACAUUAAUGGAUUGUUUGGAGAUGAUCAAUUCCUUUGAUUAACCAUGCUUUGGGUGAUCAUUCAGUUUCCAUUAGCUGCUUGGCUUGUUCGGCCAUGAUGAAUUGUCAAUUCUUAACUUCCACAUUUUUACCUGAAGGCUGACUACGAGUUAAUAUGUCUUCAGAUUGCUCUAGCUGUUGAUCUGUUCCUGGGUUAGAACCUCGUUGGUGCUGGUAUACAAUCAUCAUACCAGCCAAAUGGUUGUCAGAUACCCUCUUCUUUUUUACAUGAUGCUGGAAUGCAUGCACGCUGGAUGCUUGGACGAAGCCCAACUUCCCAGGCAUAAGGGGAGAGCAAUUCUUGCGACCAUUGUUGAGGCGCACUAUCACUUUAUCAGCUAGUCAGGACUUUUGAUUUGUUGACCUCUGUUAGAAAUUAUCCAACAGCCAUCAGAUAACAGAACAUACUUUCUUUUUUUUUAUUUU